CGCCGGCGCCCUGGACCUCUCGCUUUUCUCGUCCGCUCCCCGCGCCUGCACAGCCAGGUAAUGAACCCGCUCGCAGAGGGACUCUGGUUCUGUUAGGCGGACACACAAACCCGGAAAAGCGCGCCGCACACCUCAGAGUUAGAUCCCGCUGGACCCUGGAUCCCGGGCUGGCGCGGCCGGCAUGUCGGAUGCGCGGAAGGGGCCGGACGAGGCGGACGACAGCCAGUGCGAUUCCGGCAUAGAGUCGCUGCGCUCUCUGCGCUCCCUGCCCGACCCUGCUGCGGCCCCAGUCUCUGGAUCAUCGCACAGCGGCUGCCCACAGCCUUGGAGCCAUGCUCCGAAGACGGACAAGGAACCAGAGGGGAAGGAAGAUGCGGAUGGAGAGCGAGCGGACUCCACCUAUGCCUCCUCCUCUCUCACAGAGUCUUUGCCCUUGCUGGAGAGACCCGAGGCCAAGGAUCCAAACCCUCCCACCCCAAGCUCGCCGGUGUCCCCCGCGGGGGUGCUGAGCCCUCAGCAACUCGAAGCGCUCACGUACAUCUCUGAAGAUGGAGACACGCUGCUCCACCUGGCAGUAAUCCAUGAAGCCCCAUCGGUACUAUUCUGUUGCUUGGCUUUCCUGCCCCAGGAAGUCCUGGAUAUUCAGAACAACCUUUACCAGACAGCGCUGCAUCUGGCCGUUCAUCUGGAUCAGCCAGAUGUAGUCCGGGCCCUGGUGCUGAAGGGAGCCAGCCGAAUACUGCAGGACCAACACGGCGACACAGCCCUGCAUGUAGCCUGUCAGCGCCAGAAUCUGGCCUGUGCGUGCUGCCUGCUGGAGGAGCAGCCAGAGCCGGGCAGACAGCCAUCUCAUCCCCUGGACCUCCAACUGAAGAACUGGCAAGGUCUGGCCUGUCUCCACAUCGCCACAUUGCAGAGGAACCAACCACUCAUAGAACUGCUGCUUCAGAAUGGAGCCGACAUCGAUGCACAGGAGGGCACCAGUGGAAAGACUGCCCUGCACCUGGCUGUGGAAACCCAGGAGCGCAGCCUGGUGCAGUUCCUGCUCCAGGCUGGUGCCCGAGUAGAUGCCCGCAUGCUGAAUGGGUGUACACCUUUGCACCUGGCAGCUGGCCGGGGCCUCAACAGCAUCUCGUCCACUCUGUGUGAGGCCGGUGCCGACUCACUGCUGCUGAACGUGGAAGAUGAGACACCCCAGGACCUGGCCGAGGAUCUCCUUUCUUACUUGCCCUUCGAUGACCUGAAAAUCUCCGGGAAGCCACUGCUAUGUACUGACUGAAGCUUGGAUGGGCCCCCACCUCUUCCAAUUGGAAGCUGGAGCCACAGAUGCUGCCGUUGGGACCCAAGCAGUGUUGCUCCUCUGCUGAUGCCAGAGUCUGGGGCUAGCAUCGUCCUAAAAUGAGAUGAAGGAUUGCAAAUGAGGAAGAGCCGAUCUGGACAGAAGAACUUCCCAGGUGGACUGGAUGGAGAUUCUUGAAAGACCCUCUAAGCCGCUGGUGUCCUGAGGGAAGCCUCCUUGCUUCUGUUGGAGAUGGCGUGGGCUGACAUUACCAGCCACCAGGAAAACAGGAAUGAGCGAACUGACCCCUGAGGGUCUUACCUAAA